UUGUGCAACAUUUUACAGCAAAUUUACAAGUGCAAAUGCAAUAAUGAGUGCCGACGAAGUUUUAGACAAAAACGACUUCUUUUUGCAUGAAAUCCCCAAUGUUAAAAUUAGCCAAGAAAAGCCUAAAGUUGUACGACCCCAUGUAAAGGAGGAAUUGCAGUUUGUCAAGCUAACAGAAAAUGUGCAGGAAAACAUUUUGGAUACCCUAACCUACAUUCAUGGACCUGAUUUUAAAUUGUCUGAGGCUUCAGCCUACGAGGAAAGUAAACUUAAUUUUGGCAAGAAAUUUUGGAUUGGAAGGGGCAGUUUAGUCGUCAAGGGGGUUGUAGAUUAUUCACAAAACAAGGAUAAACCCACUGAAGAAGAUGAUCGGCUUAGAGAAUUUGCCCUGUUAAGAUUACAAAGUUAUGGAUUUCAUACACCCCAUUGCCUUGAAGCUUUUGGAUACUGUAAUGGGAAUGUGGAAGAUGCUUUAUACCUUUUGUACAAUAAAUACAUGAAUACCACCCCAUUUGAGAUUACAGAUCAUAAUAUGUCAGAGGCAGAGUUAUUAGAGCAAAGAAUAGAUGAGAAAAGCUCGUUAGAGUCAAUAUACGAAAAACAAUUCAGUCAAAAAGUUGAUAAUGUGUGGGUUCUAACACUAAAAUUGGACUAUUUGAUAAAAAUGUUUCAUAAAAAGGAAGUAAAAAAGCCUGUAAACGUUAAGAAAAAAGAAAUGUGUAAAAACUUUGUUAGAGGUAACUGUAAGUUUGGUUACAAAUGUAGGUUUUCACACGAGGUAGAAAAAGUUGAACAAAACCCAAACUCCCAUCUAACAGAGUUUCAAUUCGACCUAGAAAUAAGAUUCCCUCCCAACACCAAAUACCCCUACGAACCCCCAAUGAUAUUCAUCAAAACAAACGCUGUGUUACCCCCUUUAGUCAAUUUACACAUAAGCAGAAGGUUGUACGAGGAAGCUAAAUUAUUAUCUCAAGACGGCAUUCCGUGCGUGUACACUGUAACAGAGUUGCUGCAAAAUGAGGAAGAGAUUAAGGAGCAUUUGAACUCGGAGGUGAAAUUUUUACUGCCAAAUCAGAAAUUGUUUCCCACCACUGCGCAGGAGAAUAAGAUUAUCAGGCCUUCUCAUUACAAAAAGGGCCGAACGAACCGAAGCCAGAAAAAACAGUUGACAAUCGAAGAAAUCUUGAUGGAAGACGCAAAAAUCGUCAAAAGUUUCGCGCAAAAAACGAAAGACCCGAAAUACGAACGGAUGAUGCAAAAUCGUAAAAGUUUACCGGCGUGGAGUCUGAAGAAGGAAAUCCUCAACACAAUUCAAAAGUUUCAAGUGGUAGUGGUCAGCGGAGAGACCGGGUGCGGUAAAAGCACCCAAAUCCCGCAGUUUAUUUUGGACGAGUGGAUGCAAAAUUACGACAACGAGAACAACAAGCACAUUGAAAUCGUGUGCACGCAGCCUAGAAGAAUUUCGGCCAUCGGCGUGGCCGAAAGGGUUGCCGAUGAACGUAUCGAAAAAAUAGGAAACACGGUGGGCUACCAGAUCAGGUUGGAGAGCAAAAUGUCCAUGAGCACCAGGUUGAGUUUUUGCACGACAGGUAUUUUGCUCAGGAGGUUGGAAGGCGAGCCUACGUUGCAAAACGUGACCCACAUAAUCGUGGACGAAGUGCACGAAAGGAGCGAGGAAAGCGAUUUUCUUUUACUCAUACUAAAGGAGCUUCUCCAAGUCCGUCCCGACCUCAAAGUGAUCCUCAUGAGCGCCACUUUGAACGCCGACUUGUUCUCGAACUAUUUCGGCGACAUUCCCGUAAUAGACAUUCCCGGAAGAACGUUCCCGGUCGAGCAGUAUUUCCUGGAAGAUAUCCUGGAAGCCACCGAUUAUGUGCUCGAAGACGGUUCGCAGUAUUCCAGGAAAAUCAGGAAGGAUCAGGAUUACAUUGACGCUCUGAUGGCCUCGAAUGAGAUCAAUUUUGCGAAUGCUAUGCCCAAGGAUAAUAUUAGGGAUGAGAGCUUGAGCAUAGCUCAAACUAUGGCCAGAUACCAAAAUUUCAGCACAAAAACGUGUAAAAACCUGUUCCUAAUGGACGUAGAAAAAAUUAACAACGAACUUAUAGAAUCAGUUUUACUGUGGAUCGUGUCCGGGGAUCAUGAUUACCCCAGAACCGGUUCAAUUUUAAUAUUUCUGCCUGGUAUAGCUGAAAUAACGAGUCUUCACGAGCAAUUGGAAACGCAUCCGGUGUUUGGUUUUAAGGCUGGGAAGUUCGUUUUGUUACCCUUGCACUCUUCCUUGACCAGCGAAGAACAAUCUGCCAUUUUCAGAAAACCGAAAAACAAUCAAAGAAAAAUCGUGAUAUCGACAAAUUUAGCGGAAACUUCAGUCACCAUAGACGACUGUGUUUUCGUAAUAGAUUCCGGGAAAAUGAAGGAAAAACAUUUCGACCCCAACAAAAAUAUGGAGAGCUUGGAAACCGUGUGGGUGACGAGAGCCAACGCUCUACAAAGAAAAGGUAGAGCCGGUCGCGUUAUGCCAGGGGUCUGCGUACAUCUCUACACAAGUCACAGGUUUCAUCAUCACAUGCUACCUCAGCCUGUACCCGAAAUACACCGGAUACCUUUGGAACAAUUAAUAUUGAACAUCAAGAUUUUACCGAACUUUGAGGACAGAGAUGCCAGCGCAGUUCUGGGCUCUUUCAUCGAACCUCCAGUAUUAGAAAACAUAUCCACGGCGAUGAAGCGUUUGCAGGACGUCGGGGCUCUAAACAAAUCCUUCGAUUUGACAGCUCUGGGCCACCAUUUGGCCGCCUUGCCCGUAGACGUGAGAGUGGGAAAGUUGAUGCUCUACGGCUCGAUUUUCGGCUGCAUAGACUCGGCUCUGACGAUCGCAGCCUGCUUGAGCUUCAAGAGCCCGUUCGUGUCGCCGUUCGGUAAAAGGGACGAAGCUGACGCGAAGAAGAAGAAGUUCGCCGUGGGCUGCAGCGAUCACAUCACCAUGUGGAAUGCCUACAAGAAAUGGUUGACCGUGUACAAAAAGAGCCCGUUUGCCGGUAGAAAUUUCGCUGGCGAAAAUUUCCUAUCACAAAAAACAAUGGUAACCAUCGCCGAUAUAAAACAUCAGUUUUUGGAGCUACUAGUCGAUAUCGGGUUCGUGCCGAUCGAUUUGGGCGGUAGAAAGAAACCCGGUCAAGACAACGUACUGGAACUGACUGGAUCUGAGUUGAACAAAAAUGGGGAGAAUUUUAGAUUGCUUUCCUCGAUUAUUUGUGCGGCUCUGUACCCCAACAUCAUCAAGGUUCUAACUCCCUCGAAGAGUUUUAUAAUGAGCUCUGCAGGUGCUGUCCCCAAGGAACACAAUCCCAAGGACUUGAAGUUUCUUACUAAGCAAGAAAAUGUUUUCAUGCAUCCAAGUUCUGUGAAUUACACCGUGACCAGUUACGCGAGCUUAUUCCUGGUGUACCAAGAAAAAGUGAAGACGAGCAAGGUUUACUUCAGGGACUGUACCAUGGUGCCCAUCAUCCCGCUGGUGCUUUUCGCCGGUUUCGAUUUAAACAUUUCCGUUCAAAACGAGGUUACGUUCAUCAGCUUGGAGGACGGCUGGAUCGUGUUGCAAGUGGAGGAACACAAGAUUGCUGAAAUGAUGAAAAUGAUGCGCAUAGAAUUAUUUGACUUGUUGGAAGAAAAAAUAAAGGACCCCUUAUUAAACUUAAUGCAUCAUAAUAAGGGAGAGAAGGUUAUAUCGACAAUACUUAACAUGAUAAAUUUGUAGAAUGUCUAAAUUAUUAUAAGAUAUUUAAACAAAUUAGUGUUAAUUUAUUUAUUUGUGAAGAA